CUUUGGGCCGCCGAACAUCAAAAUCCUACUCUGAUGCGUUUUGAUGGAUUCUGAGCUUUUGACAGCUCUUCCAGAGCCGAAGGGAUUUGCAAAGUGAAAUUUGGUUUCAAGUUUAACUCGAAAGCAGACGUGUUAUCAGCAAUAUCAGGGCUUUCGAUCAAAAUGGACACCGAUUUCGAACCCCUCGCCCCAAGCCUGGAAAACAUCAUCGACCAGGAAACGCUCAAGUGGAUCUUCGUCGGUGGAAAGGGAGGAGUUGGCAAAACAACCUGCAGUUGCAGUCUGGCGGUGCAGCUGGCCAAGGUACGCGAAUCGGUGCUGAUCAUUUCGACCGAUCCGGCCCACAACAUUUCCGAUGCGUUCGAUCAGAAGUUUACGAAAGUGCCGACCAAGGUGAACGGGUUCGACAAUCUGUUUGCCAUGGAGAUUGAUCCGAACGUAGGCUUGAACGAGCUGCCGGAUGAGUACUUCGAGGGGGAGAACUCGGCGAUGAAGCUUAGCAAAGGGGUAUUCCAGGAGAUCAUAGGAGCACUGCCGGGUAUCGACGAGGCGAUGAGCUACGCCGAGGUGAUGAAGCUAGUGAAGGCAAUGAACUUUUCCGUGGUGGUAUUCGACACGGCUCCCACCGGUCACACCCUGCGAUUGCUGUCGUUUCCCCAGGUGGUCGAGAAGGGUUUGGGAAAACUGCUUAGAUUGAAAAUGAAACUGGCACCGUUCAUAUCGCAAAUGGGAUCCUUGUUCGGAAUGCAAGAUUUCAACGCCGACACGCUGACGAGUAAACUGGAGGAAAUGCUGACCAUCAUCCGGCAGGUGAACGAGCAGUUUCGGAAUCCGGACCAAACCACAUUCGUUUGCGUUUGCAUCGCCGAGUUUCUGUCGCUGUACGAAACGGAGCGGUUGGUGCAGGAGCUGACCAAGUGUGGCAUCGACACCCACAACAUCAUCGUGAAUCAGUUGUUGUUCCGACGGGAGGGACAGGAUCCAUGUGCGAUGUGUUCCGCUCGCUACAAGGUGCAGGAAAAGUACCUGGACCAGAUAGCCGAUUUGUACGAGGAUUUCUACGUGGUUAAGCUGCCUCUGCUGGACAAGGAGGUGCGCGGCGCGGAGAAUGUGAAAAAGUUUUCGGAAUAUCUGAUCAAACCGUACUGUCCCAAUGGGUCGCCGAACGAGACGCAACAGUCGGACAAAUAGUAGGUAUGGUAACAAGGGUUAAGAAGUACUGUGUAAAAAUUCCAGUUCAUCUCUUUUGUUUAGCAGCACGUGUAGGUACUAUUUAAGUUUCAUUGCGAAACAGUGUUUAAAUUACUUAGAGGUUUAACGUGGGAUUGAUUUUUGCACCGUUUCGUAAUCAGCAAAUUAAUUGAUAUUCUAUUCGUAUCAACACGAAGGCAUACUUCCGGGUAACAUAAAUUGUACAUUGAAACUA